GCUGUACACAUCAAGGCGCUCUGGGGUAGAAAAAAGUAACAACCAAAACGCGAAACUAAAAUAGGUACCUAUCACGAGAUUUGAAAUUAGUUUUUGUAGCAGUUGAUUGCUAUCGUCCUUAGUGAACGUUCAUAGCAUCUCCAUUUAGUACCAGUGAAAACUGCACACAACAGCAAUGAACAGCAUCUUUCAGCUCGAUGAGCCGGAUGAUGAUAUGCCGAAAGACAAAAUAUCGAUUGAAGUACUAUCCGACGACAGAAAUUCGGAGUGGUCAAUCUAUUCCGCUGACAGAAGCAGCAUCGCAGGAAGUGAUGUGAGUUCGGUGGAUUUCCAAAAAGUGAGCCUCCAUUCCAAAAUGGCUACAAUCGUUCAUCACGACGGGCGGCAAUUCAUUGAGCGACGAGAUUUGGACGAUGGUGGUCUUCCGUAUUCGGGAGAGUUUUACCUGGGUGAUGAAUUGUGGAAGCUGAACGGGGAAGAUUGUCUUCUGAUGUCGCACAGACGGUACAUUGCUAAGGUUAGUAUGGAUGGAACGGUUGACCUGGACGGGGCUGUCGAUUUCGAGGAGGCAGUGCGGAUGCUUCUGAAGCACUUGAAGGUGGUGAAAGUUUUACUGGACGAACAGCUGGAGGAAUGCAACAAGGCAAAGAGCGUUCUGGAAAUGAUUCUUGAUAAACCUGCCGGUGAAUCAGGAAAAUACAUUGACCAUAAACGGGAUGUGAUGCUCGUGCGCAUUCUGUUACAGAAGCAUGGUAAUUCACUGAACAUGAAUUUUAAGCAUGAUUUGAUUAAUAUUUCACGUUUAUCAAUGGAAACCAUGUCAGCGUUGGACAACUAUGUGACAAUGACUCUCAAAUUGCUCCAACGGAAUGCAUUUCUUAACCAUAUCAACGAUCCCUCAUUAUCAGACGAGUUCAUUAAUGUUGCAAUCCAUAAAGCAUUGACUAUCCACCGAGCUCGGCUAGCAGUCAUUUGUCCAUCAAACUUGUUGGAUAAACUCAAAGAGCUACCUGAUGAUCACAUUCUGUACGUUUCCACGGAUGAUAUGAAUAUGUUUUCUGAUAUGACGACACUCAACCAUGCCCUAUUUGAAGCUGCCGUGCCGAUGAUCUUCUCCAAAUUUCUGACAAGAAUACGAGACAUCAAUGACGAGCAGCUUGCUGAUUUCGAACCACUGUCCAAUCGUAUCUUCCUGUACAUGUGCAAGAGCUUGCAGGAAGUUGCUGAGCAGCUUGGAGCGCACACCAAAGCUGACAAUGCAAUCAUCUAUAGCGAGGCACUUGGAUGGGAGGUAACCAACCUACAGGAAGAGUCCCAUAAUUCAUACAAUGAAUGUCUCAGACAGCAACUCCACAUUCUUGCCGCGCUCGCAAAUCAUUUCGAACCGGGUGGACCUUUCCGCACAAGCCGCUUCCCGUAUGAAUUCAAACUGUUCCAGAACAUGGACGCGAUUCCUGAACCAGUUCGCGUAUGGAUGUGCCUCUUGGACGACUGCAUGAAGGACCUGGUACAAGCUGAUGUCGACAAACUGCAAAUGCUUUCGUGUUUCUUCAAAUCCUACGUGAGCUUCAUUGCAUCUGAGGAUUUUCAAAGCGAAACAUUGGAAUGCCUCCGGAGAAUCACGCACGAUUCGUUGAGAUCGCUGGCAGACAUGAAAUCGUCUCAGCACGAUCGGACCACUGUAGCUUCGGUUUUACUGGAGUACAACGAUAUGAUUAGCAGCUGCUUGGAUAAGUUCCUGUGCGAACAUUUUGGUAACGAUUGCGAUCAAAUUCAAGCCACACUUCAGCGAAUCGUCGGUCAAGCCAUGAAUAAGAAUGUUACAUCGCAGGAAUCGACUGAAUUUUCUAUUCUGUUUAAGCAACUUCUGAAAGACCUAAGUGAUCUUCCGCUUGAAUGGUACCUACAGCUUGUUCCGUCGGAAAGCAGGAAUUCGUUGCUUCGAGGCCAAUUCGUCGUUCCGGUAGACAACCGUUGGAAAGACACCGAACAUGAGUGCCUGAAAGUUGUGGAUCCGGAAGGUUUUGUUAAGAUGUACAAACUGUUGCAUAACGGCGAAGAGAUUCCCAAGCACUAUCAACUCAAAGCGAUCCAAGUGUUGCUGGAUAAAAUAGCUGCAGAGCAAAGUUGCUAUGAAGGAAAGCUACCUUCGGAUAAGCAUCAACUGCGUGCUAUGAUCAAUAUGAUCGACUCCAUCAGAAAUCCCCUCCUCUACCUCAAUAGACAGUCGGACUACUCCUGUUUCGAAGAGUUUUUGCAAAAGAUUGGAGAAUCAUUUUCCCAUGCGAUCGAGGAGAGAAGACUGGAAGAUUAUCGCAUUCCAAUGUCACCGACGAACGACUCGGCAGCAAUAGAUCCUCCUCAUGGGGAAACGCCCAAAGAGCCAUUGAUCGAUCUUUUCGAAGGCAGCACAUCGAAGGGGCUUUUGACAAAUGGUUUCGAAAAAUAUUCCGCUCAAUUCGACAAGCUCAUAACGGAAACUGUCCAAUUGCCACGUGAAAACAGAAUCGAACAAAUUGUUUCGGAUGUGAUGCUUAAAAUAAGGCCACAGCUGGCAACGAGUUGGACAGCGAAGUUCAAACACGAGUUGCCAGAAGUACUCGCCGGAUUGAGCGCAGUAUGGUCUCUCAUUGUUUCCAAAAACGGCAGCAGUUCGGAGAAGUUGGUGAAACCUUCCACUCUGCAGAUAAGUUGUAUUCUCAGCCUUUUCGGUGAUCGAAAUCCGAACCAUGAUGAUUUGUAUAGAUUGCUCUACAUAUCAACCCAACAGGGGAAAGAAUGUGUUCUUGGGCUGACCGCUGCCUUAUUGGCUCUGUACGGACACAAGGUCCUGAUUGCUUGUUAUAACAGCAAUUUAGCCAGGAGAAAAUCGAUCCAUUUAAUUGAAGUGUUCAAGAGCUUUUCGAUCCACUCCGACAUUUCCUUCGGAUCUGUGGACGAUAUGGCGAGGGACCGAUCCAAAAAAGUUUACGACAAGUUUGCCGCGUAUAUACACGAGUGUCUCGGUAUGGAAAUGAAUGGAAAUAAUCGGCCGAAAUAUGCACCUGAUGAUAAACGAUCCGUUCUCCUAAUUGAUGAUAUUGAUAUCCUCCUUCGAAGAAGUACUUUGGGACAGGUGUUUGAGCGAUUUGUCAUGCCAACCAUUCCUGGAUUAGGGCUGAUACAAGAGGAGAGGAUCUCCUUGGGCCGCUAUGAAGAGGAUCAAAUAUAUAGGUCCAUAAUGCGUUCAAGAGAUCCGGAAAUCGUCAAAUUACAAGCAUGGUUGGCUAGACCUCAGACUUAUACAGUAUAUGAAGACAAACAAUUUCAUGGAACACAACACACAAACCAAUCUCUUCUCAACGAUCAUUUUAGAUAUUUUCGUUACAAACAAAGCAACGAUAACAAUUUGCGAAUUUCUAGCGGUGGAGUGAUGAUGGUAAAAAAUAAAUUUGAUGUUAAAAAUCAGCAGGCAAGAUGCUUCAAUUACUUUAAAUUGAAAAAAUCAGACUUUCAGCAGACCGUUAAUGGCUACAAAAAUUAUGGAUACCUGACAAUGGGAUGUAUUCCCUUCCCUUAUGAACAUCUGCUAAAGAGCUUUCCGUUGGUAUUUGGUUUCGCAAGUGCUCCGCUAGAUGGCUACGAGGAAAUUACUCUUCGCGAUCACUACAAAAUCCAUCACAAAAUUGCCAAACGAAACCCAUUGGACACGAUUUCGACGCAAUUUGAUUCCAAGAAGGGCUUCCUUUGUGUUGAUUCAAAUUAUGAAUGGGAUUGGAUGAUUUCUAUAAUGGUAGCAAUCAAUGCGGCCAUCGAUAGAAACUGCUCGGUGUUGGUUUUCUUCAAAAGUGCCCUGGAGAUGCAGACAUUUCAAAGUAAAUUCGCAUUGCAUCUCAAGCAUCUGAGUGUGACAGCCAUCAAAACGGCGUCGAAUGGAGAGAAUCUCUCCGCGGACGAAAUUGCAGUCGACGAGGUAACUGUGCUGGCAAUUGAAACAGAUCCACCAAUUGCAGAAGAUCGAGAGGUUCACGUUAUUCAGACCUUCUGGUCGUGUGACAGCAAGGAGGAAGAUCUAAUAAGGAGACAAGCCGAGCGGAGCCAUGGCUGCGGAAGCUAUGAGCUGAUUGUGUUGAGGAAGCACUUAUCGAUUGCAGAAGAAAAUGAAAAAGAUACAUUGUCUUAUGACUUGCUGGUAACAUUGAGAGCACAUCGACCUUUUGGACUGGCAAAUAAUUCUUUGACUUGCCACAUGGAAAAAUAUGAACUUAUCGAACAGCUUAUUGAGUCAUUUUAAACAACCAAUUGUAA